AUGUACGAGGACUGCAUAUUUCUGUCGUUGCGAUUCCCGCAGAAGCUUUGGCGGAUCGUGAACGAAUGCGAGAGCGGCGCCAUCCGGUGGAGCCUGACCGGCACCACCAUUCUCCUCGACUACAAAAUGUUCCAGGAACAAUACCUUGACGCGGGCACGUCCAUUUUCAAAACGAAGAAUAUCACGAGCUUCAUCAGACAGCUGAAUUUGUACGGCUUCCGAAAGGUGACGUCCCACAAUCGAGACCCAAUCUGCAAUUCCCACAACCCGGACGUACAUGAAUUCUUGCACGAGAACUUCCGUACCGGCCGACCGGAUCUGUUGUCCAAGGUGUACCGGAAGACCCCUGGGAAAUUACGGCAUUGUCACCGUAUAACUUUGAAGAGUACCUCGGAAUCGGAGCUGCCGAGCAAGGACUCUGAUCACGUGUCACGUUUGCACGCCUGCCGGUUGGCGUUAACAAAGGCCCUGGAACAAAUAACGCGAGAAUAUCAACGAACACACAAACAUGCAACCAGAAAUAAAGAUUCUUUGAACGGCUCAACGAACUCCCACGAAAAAGUAAUUGGCUUUGACUUAUACCCUACCCGAAAUCACGAGGUCAAGGUAGAAUGGAUUACAAGAAAUCCGGUACCAAUUACUUCGGAAAAGGACAACACAAAUGGACAUACAACUUACGCCUGGUGUGUACAUAACGUAAACGAAUCUCAUGAAAGAUACUGA